GGUGGAGUGCCGGGAGUGGCGCAACAAACUGCUGCACCUGUACCUGCCGCACCUGUUCCGCAAGGCGUACCAGCUGUUGGAGUUGACCCGAAUGCAGCUCACAAUUAUUCGGGAUAUUUUGCACCAACCGGUGGACCAGCGCAAGGACAGAACGGAACAGCAGCACCAGCAUAUGGCAGCGCAUCGGCACCAGCCUAUGGAGCAAUGCCACAGGCACCAUCACGAGCUCACAAUUAUUCGGGAUAUUUUGCACCAACCGGUGGACCUGCGCAGGGACAGAACGGAACAGCAGCACCAGCAUAUGGCAGUGCAUCGGCACCAGCCUAUGGAGCAAUGCCACAGGCGCCAUCACGAGGUGCACCACCACCGCAAGCCCAUCCCGGGGCUAUGAUGGGAAAACCCGGCGGUUAUGGUGAAUUUCAGGAUGAUCGUGGUCCCCGUGGAGGAGGUUAUGGAAGUUUUUUUAACGCAUCAUCUAUAGCAGAUGAUCGGUUUGGCGGCCGGCCAGAUGAUAGAGGAGGACGUGAUGAUCGUGGUCCACGUGGUUUUGAUCGCGAUCGUGGUGGCUACGGUGACCGGGACAGAGAUCGUGGGAGCCGUGAUGAAAGAGGUGGACGGGAGCGUCCAAGUCGUUGGGGUGAUGAACGUGGCAGUGAUCGUGGAAGUGACGGAUUUCGUGGAGGGUCGGUGUUUUUGCAUAUUUUCAAAUAUAAAUUAGGAUUUUUUUCCUGUGAGUUUUUGAAAGGCAUCCACCUAAAAACGGACAGUUCUGGUUACUUGUGUGUGUUGUAUGUAUUCCGGAAAGCAUCCUCUGUUGAUAAGUUGCGUGUAUGGUCGCUGUAUCUGCGGAAAAAAGCAGUGGUUUGA